CGCGUCAACUUGCGGGGGAAGCUUGGAGCUGCAAUCGCAAUACUAUCUAACUCCAUCUUCUCUUGUCUUCUCCCCAAUAUACCCAGCUCGUGCUUUUUGUACAUUACGAAAUCCGCGUUGUACAUCACUCUUGCUUUUCUAUAUUCCACCUUACCUAUCCGUUAAUCUAAUAUGCUUCGCAACGGAGCGUCGCGCCUUGCGCUGAGGUCGGUAACAGUGCCCAAGUCGGCACGACCGGCUGCGAGCUUCACGCGCACAACGCCUUCUCUGCAAUGGGCUACACAAUUUGGUUCUCUGGCUGCGAGGAGACCGCAAUUAGCGCAAGCGGCUGCUGCGCAAUUGAAGCCUGCGUCUGCGGUCUUGCGCCGCAGCAUGGCUGAUAAGACAUUGACGGAAGGGCAGAAGCAGGCGGAGAGUAGAUAUGCACAGGAGAAGAUCAAGCCCACGCCAGAGACUGUGACGAGCACCAGUUCCACACAUCCCAUGUUUUCGGAAAUUGGCACGGAGCAGCCGCAGAACGACGUGGAUAUGGCGGCGGGGUUGAAGCACGAUGUGGGCACCAUCAAAGACACAUUCUCCCUCGCCGAAGUCCCUCGCGAAGCAUACUACAUGGGUCUCGCAGGCACGCUUCCCUACCUCGCAACCUCCAUCUCCACCGUGUACCUCUCGUGGGAACUAAACCACUCCAACGCCGGCUACGGCAUGAUAUUCUCGCAAAAAGACGCUACAUACCUCCUCUCCCUUAUCGAGCCCCUGCAAAUCGGAUACGGAGCGUCUAUCCUCAGUUUCCUGGGUGCUAUCCACUGGGGUCUUGAAUGGGCGGGCUACGGAGGCACACAGGGCUACAAGCGCUAUGCGAUUGGUGUUGUAGCGCCCAUGGUGGCUUGGUCAACACUGCUCAUGCCUAUUGAGGGCGCGCUCAUCUCGCAGUUUUUGGGUUUCGUCGGGUUGUACUAUGUUGAUACUCGCGUAAGCCGCCUCGGCUGGACUCCUAGCUGGUACGCCGUAUACCGCUUCGUCCUCACCGCCAUCGUCGGAGCCAGUAUCGUCCUCACACUCAUCAGCCGCAGCGAGCUUCCGGAACAUAUCCCUGGUCCUGUUGACCGCGAGAAGGUUUUCAAGGAAGAGGGGUCGAGCGAGGAGAAGCUGGCUAAGCAUGAGCAUGCGGCUGUCGAGAAGAAGAAGCAGGCUGCGCGCAGUGAUGACAGGGGCGAGAAAUAAGCGUGUGUGAGUAGGGGGAUCUGAGAAGGCUAGGCUUUUUUUUAUGGCGACGAGGCGUUCCUGGCGAGGAAACCAUGGUCAUGUUUUCGUUUUUGUGUGUAUAGUUCUGAGUACCCUACUUUGACAUGUGAUAUUUUGAACGAAACC